CUGUAUAUUCAUUUUUACAUAUUCACUUAAUUACUUCUUUAAAAAAAUAAUAGUGAAAGCAUUUUUUAAAAAAAAUUUGCAUACUUGUAAAUAUUAGCUUUUCGAGUUUAGGUUAAGUAUUUUUUUUCUCCCCUUUCUCGUACAUGGUAUGCCCCCUACCCGUUCAAACCUCGAAGCGGGAGGCUGUUGUGUUGCCGGGUUGUUUAUGAUUUUCGAUAAAAGAAAAAGAAAAAGCAUCACAGUUUUGUUCCACAGGAUGGACAUGACAACGUGUCUGAAGUCUCUGCUGCUGGCCAUCCAGCAGUACAGAGACAGCAGGACAGCGCAAAACGCAGCGCAGCUACAGAAACAUGUGGAGGAGGUUUCAGGCCUGAGAUGUGACCAGCUGCUGUCGUCAGGCCAGGUUCUUCCCACUGAGUGUGUGAGUGGUCUGGUGGAGCUGAUUGGAAACCCAAACACCAACCCUGCCCUGACGAGUUCCAUCAUAUCCCUGCUAACACAGCUAGCAUCUGACAAUCAGAGUCGGGAGAUUCUUCACAGCAGCUACAACCUCACCAGCACCCUGGCAGCUGUUAUCCACUGCUACAGUAGCACACCAGGAGAGCCUCUGGUGCUGCAGUCCCUACAGGUGCUACAGAAACUGACAUACAACACUCGCAUCUUCCAGUUGACAAACUACAUCCAUGAGCUCAUAGCUUUUCUCAUGACCAACAUCCAGUCUCAAAAUGAUGAUGUUGUCAUGCCAUGCCUGGGCCUCAUGGCUAAUCUUUGUCAUGAUAAUCACUCAGUGCAGAGCUACAUCAAGUCUCUGGACAAUGUGAAGCCAUUCUACCGCACACUGAUCAACUUCCUGGCUCACAACAGUCUGACUGUAGUUGUCUUUACGCUGUCCAUCCUGGCCAGCCUCACUCUGAAUGAGAAAGUUGGUGAGAAGCUUUUUGAUGCAAAGAACAUCCACCAGACUUUCCAGCUGGUGUUCAACAUCAUCGUGAACGGUGACGGUACUCUGACAAGAAAAUACUCAGUGGACCUUUUGGUCGAUCUGUUGAAGAACUCUAAAAUAGCAGACUACCUAACUAGGUAUGAGCACUUCUCAGCAUGCGUGUCUCAAGUUUUAGGACUGCUGCAUUCAAAAGACCCAGACUCUGCGGCAAAGGUGUUGGAGCUUCUCCUGGCCAUGUGCAGUGUGUCAGGUCUGCGCUCGCUGCUGUGCGAGGUGGUUUUCAAACCGCUGGGUCCCAAACUCAGACCUGGAGGCAGAAAGCAGGUUGCGGGACUGGAUGGUGGACGCAAGGCAGAGUGUGGGCUGGCUCUGUUGCAGUGGCUGAGCUCGCCUGUGGAGGGCGCAGAAUCCUGUUCUCUGCACGCCAUGCAGCUGUUGAAUGAGCUGCUGAAGGAGGCGCUGGGAGCAGAGAUUGUUCCCGAUUGCAUGCUAAGCUUUGUGGAAAUGUUGCUUCCGACUCUGCUAGGGCUACUGAAAGGCCUUGAUCCUGCCCAGGGAGACGUUCACCUGAGAAAACACUGCCAACGCAUCACACACGUCACCAGUCUGCUGCUGAUCCUGUGUACGAAGGAUUCCACAAGAUCUUUGGUGUCUCAACAGGUUAGCGCCCAACUCUGCCUCUCCCAGGUUGAAUCCCUCCUCUCCUGCUGCUAUAGCAACAGCCCCCUCACCUGCAUGCCUCCUGGCUCUGACAACGACCUCAGCCAGGUGCACGUAGAAGCUCUGCUCAAGACUCUGGAGUUGAUGAACAAACUGAGGCAACAGGUGAAAAACAUGGAGACGAGCUUCUACAGGAUGUUACAGGACCAGAGGAUCGGGACUCCCCUCUCCCUGGCUCUGACAUCCCACCACAGAGAGCAUGUGCACACUGGACUCUCUCUGUUGUUUGAAGCCACGCCUCUCCCUGACUUCCCCGUGCUGGUUCUGGGAGAAAGCAUCGCUGCUAACAACUCCUAUCGCCAGAGGGAGGCAGAGCUGUCUGUCAAACGUGUUGCUGUGCAGGAAGUUGCGCCUCCAAGGAUGAGCACCAGUGUACUGGACUCUUCCACUGGUUCCUCCAAGAGCAUCCACAAUCUGGUUGGGAAGAUGCAGACUGGCUUAGAGCUGCAGGAUCAGGUCAAGAACUCACACGUGUCUGAGAUCAUUGAUGUUUAUGAACAGAAGCUGUCCGCAUUUGCUUCUAAGGAGAGCCGUCUGGAAGACUUGUUGGAGGCAAAAGCCCUGGCUCUUUCUCAAGCUGACCGUCUCAUUGCUCAGUACCGUUUACAGCGAGCUCAGGCUGAGGCCGAGACUUGUAAACUGGGAUCUCUGCUAAAGGAUGCUGAACGUCGGCGGGAGGAUCUGCAGGGUGAGCUGAGCAGCCAGGUGCUGGAGGUGGCGCGUUGUAAGGCUGACAUGGAGGAGCUGCUGCAGCACAAUGACAAGCUGCAGCAGGACUCUGAGGAACACCAGGCCCUUAAAGGAGCCUACAACACCUUGCUCAAUAGGUUUAAUGAGACUGAGCGGCUGCUGAAGGAGCUGCAGACGGCCCACAUCUCUCUCACCAAACAGAACGACGUUCUGAGGAAGAACCAUGAAGCACUCCAACUGCAACAAGACAAGAUGGUGUCUGUGAUGGAGGAGAGAGAAGAGGAAAUCAGAUCUCUGCAAUCAGAUCUACAAAAGAGAAACAGCGAUAUCUCAGGUCUGCGGGCUGAACUGCGGACUGAGAAAGAGAAGGUGAAAGAAAAGGACCAAGAGAGGAGAGACCUGGAAGAGACAGUGGAUGUUUUGAGGAAGGAGCUAAACAAAACGGAACAGGCCAGGAAGGACGCCAGCAUCAAGGCAUCAUCUCUGGAGCUGCAGAAGAGCCAACUGGAGGCAAAAAUGAAGCAAAAAGAGGAUGAGCUGAACAAACACUCUGCGAUGAUUGCCAUGAUCCACAGCCUCAGCAGUGGCAGGGCAAAAAACGACGUCAACCUGUCACUCUGAGCACUGCACAGCGUUCAAGAUGGGUGACAAAGGAACAACUAGUUUUGAAAACAAAAACAAACUCUACUUAUUAAAGUUUAAGGACUGUCAGAUACAUUUUUAACAUUUGAUCUGCUUUUAGUUUUUAAUGCGUCAUAAAACACAUUUAAUGAAUUAUAUUAAACCAAAACCUUUGUUUGUCUUCUUUGUCCUUGUUUGUAUCAAUAUCUGUGUUUCGUAAAUAAAUUAUGUAUUGAUCUGUGUAA